GUCAAAUCUAUUUAAGCAUUAUUCAUUCAUUAAUACACAAUUUCCCCACACUCUCAGUACACUGAGAGAAAUAUUAUAGACAAAAUUGUAUAACCGCUUAUUGAAAUCGGGCAAAACGAAACAAAAACCAAGCUGCAACCAUGAAGAAGGACGAGCCCAUCAUGGAUGGGCCGAAGCGCAUGCAGAACGAGCUGAUGAUGAUGAUGAACUAUAAAAAUCUGGAUCAGCUAAAACUGCUAGAGCCUGAGAAAGAUAAUAUAUACAAGUGGAAUGCAUUGCUGUUGCCCAGCAGUCCGCCCUAUAACAAGGGCGCCUUUAAUCUGGAAAUCGAUUUUCCCAAAGAUUAUCCCUUUCGGCCACCAAUCCUGCACAUCAAUACGAAGAUCUAUCAUCCGAAUAUCAAUAACCGGGGCCAAAUCUGUUUGCCCAUACUCGAGGCGGAACACUGGAAGCCCACAUCGCGUAUCGAUACGGUGCUGCAGGUGCUCAUUGCGACAAUUAACGAUCCACAGCCAGAAAAUCCGUAUAGCAUAGAGAUCAGUAAUCAAUUUGUCAACGAUCCCAAGAAGUUCUAUAGGAUGGCUGAUGCGUGGGUAACGCGCUACAGCGACUAUCGGCCAACGGAAGCAGAGCUGGCCAAAAUUGCAAAGCGUCGCAAGAAGGCACUUAUGAAUAAAUGAAACUAAGCUCAAUAAAUUGUUGCAGAUUUCGCUCAGUGUAUCAGCAUA